UAGAAAGUUUAAAGAAAAUUUUGCAACUAUGGAGAAUCUAAACUUGUUAUCAUUGGUCUCCUUACUGGUACCAAUAGUCCUUAUCUUACUUAUUCUUCUGGGAAACAUUGUAGUAAUCAUAUGUAUCCUAUACAGCAAACAGCUUCAAACUGCCACCUAUAUCGCAGUACUCAUUCUAGCAUGCUUUGACAUCACUCUUGCGUUUUGCCUGCCAUUUGCUGUCAUGGAAUCAUACCGUCCCCUUUAUUUAGUCUCAAACCAAAUGCUGAUAAAUAUGUCUGGUGCUUCUCUCAGUGCCCAGUGCUUGAUAGCUUUCAAUCGCUUCCAGACUCUGAUGAAGCCGCUUUCCUAUAAGGCAAAUGUCACAAUAAAAAGGACACUCUACUUGAUUGCCCUCACGGUUUUCUAUUGUACUGUUGUAGCAUGGACACCAUUUCUUAUUGAAUGGGAGACAAAUGGACUCUUGUUAUUUGAUGAUAAUAUUUUUCUCCUUCAAGUCAUUUUGAAAAAUACAUAUGCACUGUUUUUUGUUGCAGUCUUUAUUCCAGUAUGUCUUGUGACGUUUUUCUGCUACUAUAAGAUAUAUGGAAUCGCAAAACGCCACAGUGAGAUGAUAGCAGCUCUGGAGAUUUCACUGAAUCACAAUGGUAGCUUAGCAUGUAGAAAAACAAAAUAUGCCAAAACUAUUGCCUGUAUCAUCUGUGCUUUUCUACUUUGGUUUCCUUUUCAAAUGUGUGUGGUUUUUGAGAGUGCAACCAAUUUGAAAACCAUGAAGAGAUUUCGGACUGGUCUACUUUAUUUAGCUAUUUUCAACUGCAUUUUGAAUCCAUGGAUCUACUCCUACAAUAACUCGCAAUUUCGUUCUGCAUUGAAACUCAUCUGCAGGAAUAUCUAUGAACAGUGUUUGAAAUACAAGAGACAGUUAAUUAAUGAAAUCAUCAAAAAGCCCUUACACAGUGCCACUCUUCCCACAUUUACCAUAUUACCAGUUUAUCAAAACAAAAUUCAAAGCUGCUGCUAUGAAUAUGAAGCUUUCCUUCAUGCAAUUCACAAGAAAAGAAAAACCUGCUUCUUUUGUCCCCUAUUAAAUUUACCACAAACCAGAAUUACAGAGAGUGACACACAAAAAUCCCAUUUUGCAACCAAGAAGCUUUUCCAUAUUCCUGAUAUAACAACCCCUGUGGAUAAUUUAGUGACAUGAAUCUUCUGGAAAUGUUAAAAGUUUGAGAAACUGAACCAGCAACAAAGUAAAAAUCCCUGAAAUGAAGAAACAAACUUUUGUACUUCUGAAACGACAUCUAAAACACCUAACAUUAUAAAGGAUAAAAAAGUUAUGGAAGUUUGAACUUCAGCCCAGUUUUUAUUUUAAAUUAAAAAAAGAAUAUUUAUUUCGUUUUUAAAAAAGGUAGUAUGUACCCAACAAAGUAUGAAUGGAUGAAUUGGGUGAUAUGGUAUUUAUGCAUUUCCCAAAGGAACUGAUAAAUUAAUUUCUAUAACUGAUACCAAUCCAGAAACUAUUCUUUGAUGAUUCUACAAUAUUGGUUCACCCAUAAUAAUGGUGUUUUUUUCGUUGUUUUUUUUUUUUUUUUUACAUUAGCAACCAGACUUAAACAACUGAAAAUUGAAUAUAUUUUGACCCAUGUACUGGUGAUUGGAUACGAACCACAAAUUCUUACUUGGUUGCUUGAGACAUUAUCAACACAGACAUCCAUCCAGCCUGAUUCUUUUUUUUUUUUAACUUUUGUUUAAAAACAAAUAGUGGAAUGAGAUUGUGUGACAUUGAUGCCUUUAUUAAAGGGACCAGCUACAGCCACAUAUGUAAAAAGAACAGGAAUUAACUUCAGGCAGUCCCAGCAGUUGACUUAUCCAAAACAGCCCUACACUCACCUUCAGCAUUAUCUCCAGCAUACAUUAUUUGCACCCUCAGUGACAACGAUGAUGAUGGUGGCGGUGGUGGUGAUAGUGAUGAUGAUGAUGAUGAUGAUGAUGAAAAUAAUGAUGGCGGUGGCAGUGGAAACAGUUGUAAUAAAUUACUUUAAGUGCAAUAUAUGGAACAUAUAUUGUCGUGUUACGAGAACAGACUAAUACCUUACUAAAAAUUUUACUUUAAUCAGAUAUGAAAGAAUGAAUGAAAUAAAAUGCAAAUUCCAUCUGCUCUGUGCAAUGUUUGAACUUUGAACUUUCGAUAACAACAAUAUUAAUACCAGCAGUAGCAGUAAUGAACACCAAACUUGGGGAAAUUAAAAUCACCCUGGUUGAUUGUCUACCAGCUCUGUCGUCAUCCACCCUUAUGUAAUAAAUAACUAAUGAUCCGGAAACAUGGAGACUAAAGGGCAUAAAAUAUCAUGCUACUGACUCUGUUAGCAGUAAUAACAUUUUGAUGCCAAGAUGCUAAAUAUAUGACUCAACUUGCCUUUAAAUUUACCAUUGUAAAUUGGCUACAAAUGUACAUACAAUAGCCAUAGCAAAUUUAUAAAGGAAAAAAAAAUUUGUGCCUAAUAUUAAA